CUGCUCUUUGUGAAUGGCCCCUAGUCUUCUGGGACCUGUCAUGUCUCCCCAGUCUCUGGUCAUCCCCUGUACCGUGUCCGCAGUCUCCGGUCAUCUCCUGUACCGUGUCCGCAGUCUCCGGUCAUCUCCUGUACUAUGUCCGCAGUCUCCGGUCAUCUCCUGUACCGUGUCCGCAGUCUCUGGUCAUUUCCUGUACUGUGUCCGCAGUCUCUGGUCAUCUCCUGUACUAUGUCCGCAGUCUCCGGUCAUCUCCUGUACUAUGUCCGCAGUCUCUGGUCAUCUCCUGUACUGUGUCCGCAGUCUCUGGUCAUUUCCUGUACUGUGUCCGCAGUCUCCGGUCAUCUCCUGUACUAUGUCCGCAGUCUCUGGUCAUCUCCUGUACUGUGUCCGCAGUCUCUGGUCAUUUCCUGUACUGUGUCCGCAGUCUCCGGUCAUCUCCUGUACUGUGUCCGCAGUCUCUGGUCAUCUCCUGUACUGUGUCCGCAGUCUCUGGUCAUCUUCUGUACUGUGUCCGCAGUCUCUGGUCAUCUCCUGUACUGUGUCCGCAGUCUCUGGUCAUCUCCUGUACCGUGUCUGCAGUCUCUGGUCAUCUCCU